AUGAUGGAUUCCUCUGUUGCGUCUUCUCCUGCUUUGGUUUCUGUGCCUGUUACUACCCCGGAUAAUGUCUCUGUACCUGUGCCAGACAACAAUCCAGUGGUGAAUUUAAACCCUGUCGUUGCGAACUCAAAUACUCGUCGUCCUGUGGAAUUGUCUCCUAUCAUUCAAGACUUGGAUACGUCAACCACCAUUGACCUCACCACUGACUCUGUGUACCUGACAAAUUUAUUGAAUGCAGCAAAUACCUCAACUCUACCUUUGUAUGGAGCAACCGUCAGACUCAAACAUUCUCUGGGUGUAGUCAAAGUCAAGUGCCUAAUUGACAAUGGUGCUAGUGAAAACUACAUCUCAGGUAGAAUUGCAAACAUGAUUGAAGGCCAUCGUAGCGUGAUCCAUGGAAGAGAGGUUGAAACUGCAGGUGGCAAUGUAUCUCCUAUUAAUGAAAAGAUUGUCUACGAUUUGAAUUUGCAAGGUCAUACAAGCCCAAUGUCAGCAUUCGUCUUUGAUACAAAGUUCGAUGUCAUUCUUGGUAGAUCCUGGCUCAAGGAACACAAGCCUGUUGCAGAUUGGUUUGAUGAUACGUGGACCUUGUCUUGUUGUGGUCCUGGUAAAACCACUAUCUCACCCACGUCGUCUUCCUGUGUGUCAAGCACACCAACUCAACAACCGCCUGAAUUAAAUUACUUGGUAUCUCAUCUUCAAGCAGAGAAAAUGUUGAAGGAGGAAGGCACAAAUGCAUGUUUCUUGUAUAUGAUGGAUCAAGGAGAGAAGGAUGGCGCAAGUACUGGAAUUACUCAAGAGAAUGUGGUAUGGACAGAUCAACUGAUGAAGGAUUUUCCAACGGUUUUUCAAGACAAAUUACCUGGCCUACCACCCAACAGACAAAAUUUCUCACAUGUGAUCAACGUUCCUGAAGGUGUCAAUCCCAUCAACAGACCUCCUUUUCGUAUGAGUCCAGCUGAACUUGAUGAAUUGCAGCGUCAACUGACCGAACUGCAAUCUCUGGGCCUCAUUCGACCAUCGUCGUCACCAUGGGGUGCUCCGGUAUUAUUCGUCAAGAAGAAAAAUGGUGAAAUGCGAAUGUGCAUUGACUACCGCGCUCUGAACAAGGUCACUAUUCGCAACUCUACCCCUUUGCCUCGCAUUGAUGAAUGCCUGGAUCGUUUGCAAGGCGCUUCGUGGUUCACUUGCCUGGAUCUUCGUUCCGGCUACCACCAAAUUAGGCUAAAAGACUCUGAUAUCCCACUUACUGGAUUUAAUACCCGAUAUGGUAAAUGGGAAUGGCUCGUGCUGCCUUUCGGACUUUCAAAUGCUCCACCCAGUUACCAAACUUGGAUGAACGGAGUUUUAAAAGAUUGCAUUGACAGAUUCGCUUUGGUUUACUUGGACGACUGUUGCAUCUUUAGCAAGACAUUAGAAGACCAUAUCAAGCACGUUCGUCAAGUACUCUCCAUCUUUGAAAAGGAAGGGCUCAUUGUCAACUUGAAGAAAUGUGAAUUCGGUAAGCGUGAGCUAGAAUUUCUGGGUUUCAAGGUCUCCGCGAAUGGUAUUUUACCAUCGUCAUCGAAAGUGAAAGCUAUCCAAGACUGGCCAAGACCUACUAAUGUGCAAGAGGUGCGUCAAUUUGUUGGAUUAGCACAGCAUUAUCGCCGUUUCUGCCCGAACUUCUCUUCUGUGGCUGCUCCUCUUACUGAAUUGACUCAUGGUAAUGGUGCUAAGAAACGUGCUAUUGUCUGGAAUGAUCAAUGUGAAGUUAGUUUCAAAGCUAUCAAACAAAUGCUAACAUCAUCUCCUUUAUUGAAACUACCUGAUAUGAGCAAGCCAUACCGCAUUGAAACCGAUGCAAGUGACUUUGGAGUAGGCGCCGUGCUUUUACAGGAGGAUCCUGAUUCUUCUACUUGGUUGCCAAUUGCGUAUGAAUCCAAGAAAUUAUCUCAAGCUGAACAAAAAUUGCCUGCCCAGGAACGUGAACUGAUUGCUAUCAUCCAUGCUUUGAGAACAUGGCGAUGUUUUGUGGACGGUUGUCAAGGUGGUUAUACUGUGUAUAGUGAUCACAAGCCUCUGAUCUACUUCAAGUCUCAACUGAACCCAACACCUCGUCUUGUUCGUUGGAUUGCAGAUUAUGAGGCAUUCUCGCCAAAUAUCGAGUACAAAGCUGGAAAAGACAACGAAGUGGCGGAUGCUCUCUCAAGAAAACCAGAUUUACUUGUGGAAAAUGGAGAGAAUAUACCUUCGUUGGCACCUGAAUACUUAUAUGCUGCUUGGAAUCAGUUGUCUGAUACUAUCAAGACUGAUUGGCCUAUUCUGUAUGUCGACAAGAACUACGAAAAAAUGAAAUCAGAUGCAUUGCGAAAACGCAUGGAAAAAGAGGAGGAUCAGUUUGUGGUACGCCAAAGAACAGUGUAUCGACUAGUCAAGAUGGAGGAUGGAAGCAUAAAGCAAGUCAAAUUUAUUCCGUUCUCGGAUCGUGCUGAUUUGGUUUUCAAGUAUCAUGAAGCUUUUGGCCAUGCUGGUAUCAAGACUAUGCUAAAAAUGUUCACUGAAAGGUACUGGUGGCCAGGUUUGCGAAAGGAUAUUCAAGACUGGCUGAAAACUUGUACUGCUUGUCAGCUGAAUAGUCGCUGUGAUCAGGUUCAUCAAGAUGUCAUGCAUCCUCUGCAAAUACCUCAAGCUUUUGAUCGUUGGCAUUUGGAUUUUGUGGGUGAAUUGCCUACAACUGGAAACGGAAACAAAUGGUUGUUGACGGCUGUGGAUUACCUCACAAACUGGCCUAUUGCAAGAUCAGUACCAGUAGCAUCUAUGGAAGCGGUAGCGGAUUUUAUCUAUGAGGAGAUUGUCAUGCGAUUUGGUUGUCCCUCUGAAAUUGUGACGGAUCGAGGUGCCAAUUUUACUAGUGGUCUUGUAACAGCUUACUGUUGCAUACAAGCAUGCAUCUUAGGCUACAUUCACUUUCUCCUCAAGCCACCUUUUACAGUGUAG